UCCUGGUCGAUGCCAGUGCUGCAUUAACGACAUGUGUGGAUAUGACUCACCGGGCUGGGAUCAUGUGUGUUUAGAUGGCUGCAAAGAUGGUUAUCAUCAACCUCGAUGCAUGGUCCCGUGUAAAGGAAACUGUCAGACUUGUCGUCAAUCUGACGGUGUGUGUCUUAUAUGUAAACCGGGAUUUUACGGACCAUCUGACGAGUGUUUAAAUGCAUGUGCCUUCAGACACUGCGCAUGUUUUGAAAGCGUAUGUGAUUACUGCCUUGAUGGAUUUUACGACGUUAGCCAACAUUGCAAUUCUGCUUGUCUAAAAGGAUGUACUGAAGACAAAUGCAAUGAUGAUGGAACUUGCAACUGUGUCACAAAUUUUGAAGGAAAUAAAUGUGACAGGUGUAUUCUAGGGAAAUACGGAGAACUAUGCAAUAAUAAUUGCAUAAACGAGAACUGCAUGUGCACAAACGCGGUUAAUUGUAUUUCCUGUAGGACUGGCAUUUUUGACAUUUCUACUUUUUGCUCUAAACGGUGUUCCGUGGGCUGUAAGGAUAUUUGUAAUAGUGACGGCCACUGUACAUGCCUUCCUCGGUUUUCAGGAAAUACAUGUGCAAACUGUAUACCUGGAUAUUAUGGCGACGAAUGCACCGUACGGUGCUCAAGAGGUUGUACAAAUGGCAUAUGCAAUAGAGAUGGUACGUGCAAGUGUAUUCAAUACUUCAUGAGAAACAAAUGUGAUGCUUGCGACGUUUUGGAGCCCUAUGCGAUAAAACAUGUAGUGUAAGUUGUGCGAAUAAUACAUGUGACAGAAUCGAUGGAUCUUGCGGGAUGUGUAUUGACGGUUAUACUUCAUCAAAUUGUCAUGAGAACUGUAACUAUGCUUGCCAAUCAUGUUCUCAAGACAACGCGUCUCACUGCUUAUCAUGCUUCAAGGGCUUUUAUAUAGAUUCGAAUAUGUCAGGUUGCACUCCCUGUGAACAAUCGUGUCUUGCGAACACAUGUGAACAGCUAAAUGGUAUUUGUACAUACGGAUGCCAAGAAAGAUACUGGGGCCACAACUGCAAUAAUUCAUGCCAUCCUACUUGCAAAUCCUGUCUUAGAGAGAAUGGCAUCUGUUCACAAUGUGUUAACAACUCUUUGACUAGUGUUGGAAAUUACUGUGCCAGAACAUGUAGUGACACCUGUGUCAAUAAGGAAUGUGAUGUUAUGACAGGCCGCUGCCUACGUGGUUGUGUUCGCAACUUCUACGCCGACAUGUGCGAUAUAGAGUGUCCAGCUACAUGCGUUUCCGUACCAGAUAUAACAAGAUGCGAUUACUUUGGUCGUUGUCGACAUGGUUGUAUUGAUGGAUACAAAGGGAUUACCUGCGCAAACGCAAUGACAACUUCUAAACCGGAAUCUUUAUCAUGCGGGGGAAUCAUUGGGGGAACUGUUGGUGGUUCACUCACUAUUUUUUGUGUGACUGCUGCCAUCCAGAUAGUGCUGUUCCUUCGAAGGAAACGACACAGGAAGAGCAACUCCUCUGAAAGAAACCGAGACCUUGCGUUCAGCAACCCGGAUCCAUUUGCAAUUGGUACAUUUUUCAUUUUUAUAAGUUCUCUUGAGCCGGAAAUGCAGUACCAAGAGCUUAGUGUCAAAUGCUUAAGAGAGAAUAAAGAUGAAACGUACACAGACCUCCAGGAAGACAACAGCGUAAACGAGCUUGCUGAUGGUUGA